UUAACGCGUAACGUAGACGCGACCGUCUCACUCCGUUUUCAUCUCGCCUGAGUGAGACAUAUCGUUUUGACAGCUUUUCACAACCGAUUCGGGUGACGAAGAGGAUUGACGAAAACGAGGACGAUCGACGGAAACUUCUUUCUCUCUCAUUUUUAGAGUAACCGGAGACGAUGGAUCAAGGUUUCCCAGGGCAGCACACCACCACGACCACCGUGACGACUACUACCACGACGACUCAGCCCAAUAUACGGUUCGAUCCGUCAUAUGUGAGGACAUUGCCCGGCAUGCUAAAAAUCGUACAAGUGGUACUAAAUCUCUUAGGAUUUAUAUGCAUAACGGUGUCGGUACACAGCAGUCACAGCCGGGGAGGAUGGUUCAAUACCGUGGCCAUGGGCGGCUUCUGGUUCACGGGCAUCCUUCUCGUUCUCUACCUGUUCCACAUUGUGGAGAAAUUCGCCAGGAUCCCUUGGCUUAAAAUUGAAUUUAUAUUCUGCACGGUAUGGACCCUUUUCUAUUUGCUGGCCGCUUCCUUGGCAGCUGACUUCGCGCGUUACACAGAGGCUUUCGGCGUUGCUGCGUUCUUCGGAUUUUGCGCAAUGGUGGCAUACGGUUACGACGCUUGGCUGAAGUUUAAGGCGGUAAAGAGCGGGGCGUUGGCACAAGGCCAGCACACACCGAAACAAGUGUCCACUGUAACCAGUCCAGCGUAUUAGACAUCCAAGAGAGAAAAGGGCCCAUGGUAGGAUGGACCACAUCGAUUGAUCGACUAGAUCGAUCGACACAUAUCGUUACCUUUGUGCGGGGCCAGUCCUUUUUGUAAUUCCGGCGCGUUUCUCUCGCACGUUCCUCUCACAUGGAACGUCAAUGGCACGCACGAUGCGCGUGCGUAGCGCGUGCUCGUGCGUAUGUACGUUCGUUUGUCCACGCCCGCGCACAUAUAUUCGACUUUCCUUUUGUCUCUUUUUUUUUUGUACUCUAAUUGUAACAAGGCAAUAAUCUACACUACGCCGUAGUAUUAACUUAUAUUCUAAUAAGAAGAAGAGGCCGCGUGCGCGCUUUAUCCGAACAACGAUUGUUAAUAUUUUGUAAUAAUGUUUGUCGCGUAAUAAUGUCUUUGCUUUUGAUCGACUGUUAUUUAUGCGAUGAUGUAUGUGUACAUAUAUAUAUCUAUAUACGCAUAACACAAAGUAAACGUUGUUGAAUCCGUAUCUUAAAUUAUUGUUGGAACCAAGGCGAUGCUUAAGCAUCGUGGUGGUGGAAAACGACGAUGCUCAGGCGGAUUUUAGCGCGAUAUCGAAUGUUGUUGCGAAUGCUAGAUCUAUUUUAAUCCUCUGGGUUCUUGUUCACAAUCGGACCGGUCAAUUUUAUCUUCAGUAAUUGUUUCCUAUGUUUUUGAUAACGAGACGUUUUGAAUUUUCAUUGAUUUCUGUCAAAUAUUUACAUAUUUAAAAAAUAUUUAAAAAAUUCUCUAAAGAAUUUAAAUUCAAGAGAGAGAGAGAAAUGAUUGAAUAUUCUAGGUGAAUGAACUUAAUGGAGAGCGUUAUUCUUGUGUAAAAUGAUAAUCUAAGAGUAGUAUUUUCGGCCGUUUGCUAGCAAGGACAUUAAAAAAAUUAAGCUGAGAGUUUUUCCCCUUUAUCGUCGUAUGUAGUCUUCGUAGAUUGUCAUUUAGAUUUCUUAGAUUGUUCAAUAUUUCGCUUUGUAAGCCCUAUCACAUAGAGGGAUCAAGAGUGCAGGUUACGACUGCGCAAAUUGUACAGGGAGACGCAAGAAAAUAAUGUAGCGUGAUCACAUGUACACACACAAAUAAUACGUUACUUGGCUCGCGAUGAACAUAUCUGCUGCAUUCGUCAUAUCGGAUCAUCAUAUCGCGUUACUCGGUACGCAUAAUCUUGCAGAUCUGACGCUCACGAGAUUUUCUCUAUAUUAUGAAUAAUUUGUUACAAUAUAUCGAAGAGUAAUAUACUCUUUGUUGCAACUCGCGUAAACUGUAUAUAUUUAUUAGUUUUGUUACCUUUAUUCAAGUUCAAACCUAUACAGGUACAACAUCGAUAUGUACACAACACGGUAUAUACUUGUAUCAAUGUCUAGUUAAAAAUCUGACGUGGAUAUUAUUAUAUAUAAUAAUGAUCGACGAAAUAAAGUUUCAACGUCGAAAAAUGUAUUCAACGAAAUAAAACAUUGAUUGUUGUUUCCUGGA